AUCUCAGCAAUUUGCCACGCUGAUUUUGCUGCAAAAUCAUUUUUUUCCCUUGUGUCCUGCAUCUGUGCAUGACCGCCCUCCAUCCCCAGCUCCCCCCAGCUGGCACCACCCCAAGGCCAACGCAUUUUGGGGAGCCUCUCUGCCCCCAGCAGCCAGGAGGCUGUGCUCAGGGCAGGGGGUUUUCACCUCUCCGGGCACGUUUGCAGCAGGUGAAAGCAGGAACAGGGAGCACAGGAAUGAGGAAACGCCACGGCCAGCCGGACUCUGCCCUCCUGCCCGGGGCACUGCUGGGGCAGGGGGGGCUCUCGGCAGACAAGGGGAGGAAAACACUGCCCAGCCCAGCACCAAAGCAGGUUCCCCAGCCCUAUCGGAGCAUCAAAACUGCGGAACAGAAGUUUGUUUGACCCGAAACGAAAUGUUUCAUCUUGUUUGUUUGCUUUUUCCCUGGCUGCCGUCAGGUGGAGGCCGGUUUCCUUUUGCUUUCAGGUUCAUUUUUAGAUUACAAAGUGAAAAGCGAGGAGGCUUCGUUUUGAGCCUGCCAAGGAACGGUCAACGUCUGAGCGCUCCCAGAAGGAAACAGGAAUAUUGGAUAAGAUUAUUAACCCUUUAUUUGUUUUUAAAAGAAAAAAAAACAACACUAUUUUUCUCAGCUAGCACUGUUUGCCCAGGCGCACAAAUACUGCUGGGUCCACAGAUCUCUUAUCCUGUGUGUCUGCACUCGCAGUUUGUCCGAAAAGCAGCGAGUUCCCGAGCUGCUCCCCGGGCUGCUGAGCCUGUCCCUGGGCAGCGAGGACGGGAAGUCCCCAGCCUCAAGGACAUGACGCCCGAGCAGGGGACAGGGGAUGUGCUGACCUUCCCAAAGCUGCUCUGAAGAAGUCUGCCACCACGCUGAGGCCACCCAGAGGGUCCUGGGUGCUGCUCCUGGAGGCUGGGGAAGGUCACGGUGCGAGAGUCCACCCGGGCAGCCCCUGGUGGAGAUCCUGUGCAGACACCAGAUCGCUCCCUCCUGCUGUUUGUGGCUGCAGUUCAAAGAUCUCAGGGAUGAGAUGAGCCCUGCUAGCCUCUCACGAAGUGGCUGUUUGUGCUGCAGAACCUGGUGCCUCGCUUGGCCAUAGCUCGGAGGCCGGCGUGGUGCCCUUGCCGUGCAGCGGGGAGAGCGGGGCUGCUGGCUGGAGCGAUGCUGGAGGAUGCUGGAGGAGCCCCGGCGGGCUGUGCCGGCAGGUGAAGAGUGUGAGUCCUGCUGCCCCCGCUCGCCCCUGCUCCUGCCCCGCUGGGACCGCCUGCAGCGCACCGCCACCGAGCGCCGGGGACCAUGGUGGCGAGGGACAACCAUGGCAUCAGGUAGGGCUGGGGCACCAGAGCCAAAUGGUGCAGCUACCGAGGCAGCAGAAGGCUUGCCGGACACCUCCUCGGUGCUGCUGGCCGUCGGGGAGAGCUUUCCCCCAGAGAUUUCGCUCUUCUUCUCCGUGGAGAGCCGCUCCUCCCGGUGCCUCAAUUCCCAGCUGCAGGAAGCCGCCAGGAAGAAGCUGUGGGCCCUGGAGAGUGAUGACAGAGCGGUCCGUGCCCUCUUCAAGGAGCUGUCAGCCAGGCUGGUGUGUGUACAAGCACAGGAAGAUCGGUUCCUGCUCACCUUCAAAACCCUGGAGGAAGUCUGGAAGUUCUCCACGUACCUAGCUUUAGGCUAUGUGGGCAGCUGCUUGGAGCAGCUUCUCUUUGGCCAGGAGUACUGGCUGAACUGUGCUCUGAUGGAGGACACGGCGAUCAGAGUUAGCAUGGAUGAAGAUCGCUUGGCCACCAUCUACCUGGGUCUGCUGCUGCAGGAAGGUAACUUUUUUUCCAGAGCAGUGCCCGGUGUCUGCCAGCCUGAGGAAGGAGAGGAAGGCCUGCGGCUCCGCAGGAACGAGCUGAUCCACGUGAAGAACAUUGGAGAGGAGUCCAUGUGGGAAGGGGUGUCCUUGCUGACGGGGCAACGAGGGCUGGUGCCUGUGGCAGCUCUCGAGCCCGUUCCUCACCCGUUUUACCAGUGGUUCCUGAAGAAUUAUGCCGUGAGUUUUGGCAUUUCCCAGGAGAUUGGUGGGGUGACCUCUCAACCGAUCGUGAAAGGCAGGUGCACAGCCACAGAGGACCAUAAAGGAGCAGCAUGGGAUGAACUGAGUUUCUCCGAGGGAGACAGCAUAGAAAUCAUCGGCUUCCUCAUUCCAGGACUCCCGUGGUUUGUGGGCAAAUCCCUGAGCAGCGGGAACGUCGGCUUUGUCCCAACGCGAUGCAUAAAUGCCAUGGCUUGUGAACCCUUGGGAAAGGGCUUGGUGUUUCUGAGCGAAGAGGAAAAAUCCCCCCUCCUGCGCAUCCCCUGCAAUGGGGGCGAGCAGCACUUUGCCACCCUCCUGGGCGAGCUGGCACGCACAGACAUCACAUCCGUGUACCGGCUGGACGGUUUUGAACCCACAGCCAUGUUCCCCAAGGUGCCAUCAGAGGCUGUUCUCCAUGGUGGUAAGGAUAUCCAGCUGUUCCAGUCCUGGGAGGAAAUAAAUGGCCUGGCUACAGCUAGCACCUCCGAGCAGUCUAGCCCCGGGAGUGAAUUGGCCUCUGCCAUGUUGGAAGAUGUUCUCCUGGACAAGCUGGAUGACUUUGAUGAUCCCAAGUUCUUUAUUGACCUGAAUGCUGGACACAUGGAAGAUGCCGAUGUCUUUGACCCCAUACUGACCUUCCUUAACCACGAGAGUUAUGUGCCCAGUUUUCAAAGCCUCUACGAUAUGAGUUUUUCCUUUCUCAACUCCACUUUUUAUGGUUUCUCUGAUGAAGAUGAACUGGUCUUGUACCUUGAAACGUCCAGGAACUGGGCUAAGAGGACUCACGCAAUUUGGGCUCAUGUGAGGCUCUGUUUCCUCUUGGGCAAGCUCUGCAUCAGAAAGGUCAAGUUCUCCCAGGCUCGAGUCUAUUUCGAGGAAGCCCUGAGCACCCUGGACAGGGGCUUUGGGGACCUGCCCCUGCUGGCUGCCUUGCACGUGAACCUCGCUUCCAUCUACCUGAAACAGAACAUGAAGAACAAAUUCUCCUCCUUGCUGGGCAAAAUGGUGACCUUGCUCGUCUGCUUGCCUGGCCGCCCUUUUAGCUCUGAGAACGAGCUGGAAGUCAUGGUGUACGUGCUGAGGGAAGCCAUUGCCGUGGGCAAUGCUCCCCUGGAGGCGCGGGUCUGCUUCUUUAUUGUCAAGCUCUUCCUACAGCUGGGAAAAACCGACGAGGUGCUGCCCUUUACUGAGCAUCUCCAGUGUCUCACCACCACGUUACUCAGCCCAGACGCUGGUGCUGUGCCGCUGGAUGUCACCCCCAUCUUGAGCUACCUGUACGACAAGAAAUACUUGCCAAACAUUGCGCUGGCCUCCGCCAGGCUCUUUGUUCCCAGCGGCACCAAGGGGGCACCAACGCCCAUUUGGAGAGCUGGCUUCAUCCUCCAAACUACAUCCAAGCUCCUGGGAAGCCAACCGGAGAGGAGCAGCAUCCCGGCGCUGGCUUGUUCCUACCUCCAGCAGGCCCUGCGCUUCUCCUGCGAGAGCCGUGCCGUGCCCACCCAGAGGACGCUGUGCACCAUCUUGUCCCGGCUGCACCUCCAGCACGGCCUGCUGCACGGGGCGCUCCACCACGCCACCAGGGCUGUGGCUUUCAGCAGGCUGAUGGGCGAGGAGGAGGCCUUUGAGUCUUCCCUCUCCCUGGGGUGGACGUAUCUCCUGAACAGCCAGCCGGGCCCAGCUGCAGAGAUCAUGGGGCAGCUCCUGCAGUCCCUGCAUGGGACGGACAGCGUGACGCAGGGGGGGGCCGUGCACAACCUCCUGGCCAUUGCCCUCAAAGGGGAAGGACGGGUGCAGAAGGCUGCGGAGAACUACCUCCGGGCUCUGCACAAGGCCAAGGAGACUGGCAACAAGAGGAACCAGGCCAUCGCCCUGGCCAACCUGGGGCAGCUGAGCCUCUCGCAUGGAGCGAGCCAGCUGUCUGAGCUCUACCUGCUGCAGUCUGCUCAGCUCUACGCCGAGCUGCAGGGCUGCCAGGAUCCAGAGCUGGAGGCGGUGCAGGUGCUGCUGUGGCUGGCGCAGGCCAUGGUGAAGAGACAGAAGGUGGAAGAUGGCAAACUCUGCUAUGAACUGGCGCUGGGUUUUGCCCUGAAGUGGCGUAACGUGAGGAGUCAGCUCCACGUCACGGAGGCUCUCUGCCAUUUCUACAGCGAGGUGUCCCCCAACCUCCAGGCCUGCAUCACCUACCACGAGCACUGGGUGUCUCUGGCCCAGCAGCUCCAGGACAGAGAGAUGGAAGGCGAUGUUUGGCAGACCCUCAGCCAGCUCUACCAGGAUUUGGACACCUCCGAGGCUUUGAGAAGGUCUCUGGACUGCACCAAGCAGAGCCUAAGGAUCUUCAUCGACCUGGAGGAGACUGGCAAGGCGGCAGAGGCCUGGCUGCAGGCAGGAAGGCUCUACUACCUUAUGCAGGAAGAUGAGCUGGUGGAAAUGUACUUCCAGGCAGCCAUUCAGACAGCUCUGAAGUCUGAGAACUUCUCCUUGGCCAUGGAGCUUUAUGAAAAAGCAGGCGAUACCUUUUUCAAUGGCAGCCGAAACAGAGACCGAGCAGUGGAGUUUUACAGGGGUGGUGCUGUGCCCUUGGCCAGGAAGCUAAAGGCCCUUAAGACAGAGCUACGGCUGUUCAACAAGCUGGCAGAGCUGCAGAUUGGGCUGCAAGGCUACGAGAAGGCGCUGGAGUUUGCCACGCUGGCAGCCCGGCUGAGCAUCAGGGUGGGAGAUCAAUUGCAAGAGCUGAUUGCAUUCCACCGCCUGGCUACAGCCUACUAUUUUCUGCAGAUGUAUGAGAUGGCAGAAGACUGCUACCUGAAGACUCUCGCCCUGCGCUCCCCUGUGCUGCAGUGCUCUGGAGAGGCCCUGUACUACUCCAAGGUGUAUUGCCACCUUGGCAACCUCACGCUGCACAAACUGAAGGACGAACAGGAUGCAGCAGCCUACUUCCUUCUGGCCCUUGCUGCGGCGACCGAGCUGGGAGACCAGGAGCUACAAGGCCGCAUUCACGCCAAGCUGGCUGACAUCCCCAGGGUCACGCUGGGGCCCGUGGGCACGCCGGGCUGUGCCACGUACCGGGCCCGGUGGCUGAGCGAAGGCGGCCACGUCGUCUGACCCAUCCAUCGCCAUGGGGACGUGCCUGCAGACAGCUUCUUGCCUCGUACGGGUCCACGUGCUCUCCAGAAGCAGCAUCCCAGGAGGGGUCCGGCCUCCUGACAGCGAUUUAUCUCCAUGUCCCCAGCAGACAAGGGACCUGGGACCCUCAUUUCUUGGGAGUGGCGCUGUGUGCCAUGGCACUGCUGGCAGAGCGAGGCAGGAUGGGGCCCAGGAGCAGGUGCUGGAGCACAGUGCAAUGGGGAGAGAGGCAGGCAGCACUCCAGGAGUGUGGCUGUGCGGGAUGGGGAUGAGGACAGGAACAUGGACAGGGAUGGGGACAGGGUGUCACCCAUCCCCACCCGGACCCCACCGGACAGCUCAACCGGCGAUGGGACACCUCCGACCCGAGCGUGUUUUAACUCGAAUAGCAACUCUAUUUAUUCCUA